UACACGAAAAUACACAUCUUCCGAAUUUAGACGUUCCUGAUUGUUGCUGAUGGAAGUCAACUGCAACUUUUCAUACAUCAUCUGUGAAAGCAAGUGUGAGUUCUUUGUGUUAAAUCGAUGAGCUGGUUUGGUUUUGGUUUUAAUGGCUUUGGUCAGAUAAGGCCUGCAGAUGUGAGCGGAAAGGUGAAUUGUAAAGUGAGUACACCUGUGCUGAUAUCAGACCUGUGUGGAUCAGAAUGGAGAAUCAGUGCCUGCUGGAGCUCAAGAGCUUGUGUCAUUCAUACAGACAGUGGCAGUCAUGUGUGUGUGUCAGGGUUUGUGUGUGGUUCAUCAGGACAGGUGUAUGAAGAGAUCAUCCCAGAGAGUCAGGGGUGCACAAACGCCUCCAUCAGUGAAAGAUAUCUGACACUCCGCUUCACUGACAGAGUGGAAUGCUGGGAAAUACGGCACCCACAAAACAACCUGGUGUGGAGGAGGGAACAGGAACCCUCUCAAAACACAGGUCAUGCUCUUGCAUUGCCAUUGGUACCAGAUGGGUAUGUCAUUCCCAGAUCACCUUUCUUCUGUCCUCUUAGCACAAAACUCUGUGCCGUUAGCCUGGCGCUGGGCACAGAACACGCUGUGCUGCUCACCGCAUCCGGGACUGUGUUUACCUGGGGAUCUGGAAGUCAUGGUCAGCUGGGUCAUGGUGCUCUGACAUCACAGGAGGAACCUCAGGUACUGGAGGCGCUCUGGGGAGUCCCAAUCACAGAAGUGUCUGCUGGCGGAUGGCACUCCGCUUCUGUCAGUGCCGGAGGAGAUCUGUAUAUGUGGGGUUGGAAUGAAAGCGGGCAGCUCGGCCUGCCAUCUAAAAGCUUAAAGGAGGAAAAGCUCAGAAGGACUGGAAAUACUGAAUCGGUUGUGAAUGAAGGAGAGGAGAAAAGUAAAGAUGAAGAUGAAGUGUUCAUCUCAAUUCAAGCGUUUCCUGCUCUUGUGGAUGUCCCUCACGUGACGGAAAUCAUCAGGGUCUGCUGUGGAUCCAGACAUACAGCCGCCAUCACAGGUUCAGGUGAUCUCUACACCUGGGGAUGGGGUCAGUAUGGUCAGCUGGGACAUGCCAGUGAAAAUAGCACAGAUGAACCAAUGCUGGUGGAGUAUUUCCACAGUCAGGACAUGCGUGUUAAAGAUGUUAUUUGUGGAUUAUGGAACACUUUUGUGUCUGCAGUUUCAAAAAAACAAUCUCUCACAACCGCACGCUUACAGGAUAAAAGUUUAUUAAGUUAGGUACAAAUAUAUCAUUCAAAAUACAGAUUAGAAAGUAGAUUUCUUAUUAAAUUUUUAAUGCGUAAAAAUGUUUUUCAAAUACAUAAAGCUUAGAAAUGUUGAAUAAGAGAAUACAUGUACAAUCAAGGUGCUACAUCGGGAUCUUGAUCGGGAAGGUGAAUAAUCUGGACCAGGAAGUUUUUUCCAUAUUGCGUAAACUUUACAACACAAUCUUGAAUGAACUGCAAAACAACAUACACAGUCAAUGAAGAUGAUUGACUGUUAAACUUGUAAAUACAAAAAAUAAACAACAUCAUACUUCACCUGACAAAGUCUGGAGAUCUGGAGAUCACGUGCUGAAAUUCAGAGAGGUUUACAGUUCCAUCUUUAUCAAUGUCGGACUCCUCCAGGAUCUGCAUAAUGAAAUGAGUUUGCAUUAGUUGAGCUCAUUUGAUGGAUGUUUUUUUGGGAGAUAUGUAUUCACCGGACUCACGUUGUCAAUCAGCUGUUUCAUUUCCACGUCACUGAGAGAGCUUUUGUUUAAAUCAGUCGUGCGGUUAGAUUUCUCCUCUGUUUCUCCAGUCAGACGUUUCACCAGUUUCUCCAGGUCUUUGGCAUCAAGGGUACCGUCGUCAUCAAAGUC